AUGGUUUACUACAAUCCGGCCACUGAAACUGAGCUAACUGUCGAUGCCAGUCCAGUCGGCCUUGGGGCCAUGUUAACUCAGAAAUCCCCAAAUCCCAACGGUUCGGAGGAAGUUCGCAUUGUUACAUAUGCCAGUAGAGUUCUAACGGAUGUCGAAAAACGUUAUAGCCAGACCGAAAAGGACUUGCCAUUGUAUGGGGAUGUGAGAAAUUUCAUGUAUACAUGUAUUUGUAUGGCUCAACCUUUAACCUCAUUACCAACCACAAGGCCCUCGAAAUCAUCUUCCGCAAUCCUCAAUCAAAGCCUCCUGCCCGAAUUGAAUGGUGGUUUCUACGCUUGCAGCAGUAUGACUUUACCGUCACAUACCGCCCCGGAGAUGGAAAUACAGCUGAUUAUCUGUCACGACAUCCGAAAUCUAAUCGUCUUUGUGUAUAAGGAAGAAUAUAUUUGUUAUGUUGCCAUGUAUACUGUACCAAAGGCUAUGACCCUCGAGGAAAUUAUAUCUGCAACGCAAAGCGAUCCAACCUUGCAAGCGGUUAAAGUAUGUCUACAAUCAGGGACAUGGCACACAUCAAAGCAUUUAUUUCCCAAUGCCAACCACAACGACCUCAACUCAUUCGAGAAACUAAAAACAGAGCUCACAGAACCAAGUGCGGGCCUCAUGUUACGUGGGAUCCGUUAUGUCAUUCCACAAACACGAUCAGUACAAUUGGCGCAUGAGGGACACCAGGGGAUUCUCAAGACCAAAACCGCGAAAAUGUCUGGUUCCCAGAAAUCGAUGGACAAAUAG